AUGAACUCUCACACGCCUCGCCCUUUUCCCGGGCGAUCAAUAGCAGGAGGUUCCAACCAGCAUGUUCAGUCGCGGAACCCCCCGGCGCCACAAGUGUCUUCCAACGAAGACUACGGCAACAUCGCCGACGAAGAUCGUGAACAUAUCGAUGAAGUCUUCGAUUUGAUGGACAUGAAGAAGAAAGGAUGGCUGAAUAGCUACGAAUUCAAACACUCCCUCGCCGCUCUCGGCUUCGACAUGGCCAAGCCCGACUACUGCAGGGAACUGGAAAACUACGGCCAAGUGCCUCCGGACUGGCGGGAUCCCCAUACCUGUCCCGUUAACCGCCUGCUCAUCUUCCCCGACCAAUUUCGACUAUGCGCCGCAAAGCUCAUCGCCAGACGAGACCCGCGCGAAGAAGCCAUCAAGGUAUUCAACAUGUUCGAUUACGACCAAGACGGCAUUAUUUCGGUCGAAGACAUGAGGCAUCUAGCACAGGACAUCAAGGAAGAGCGCACAAUGACGGACGAAGAGAUUCAGACCAUGAUAGAACAUCUCGAUCACGACGGCAAAGGCGGAGUCAACCUCGAAGAGUUCAUCCAGAUGAUGGAAGAAGCUGGCUAACCGGGCACCUCCCGAUGACCCGCGUCGGCCGAGUCAUAUGAAAGCUUGCUGACUCGCUACAGGAGAAUUAUUUUGGGAAUGUCGCAAAGCUCUAGUGAAGAUCAAUGCAUCACAUAUAAUGUGCACAGUGGUCACCAAUAUAUCAUUUUGGGGAUGGCGUAUCGGCAGUUUGCGUUUUCUUGAGCUUAUCUAUUUGUUUCUUUCUUUCUUUUUCUUUUUUGCUUAGGGUCAUGUAUAACGAGGUAGAUGAUAGCAAAGUUUGCUUUCGACUUUAGGGCUACAAUAGGUGUUAUGUGAGAUAGCUGUGCUGGCAUUCACGAGAUGGAAAGCUUGGACAAUUUUG